UUGACCGGCAGGGUGACGUCACACGGCGAUCGCGGCGCGGAGACCAAGCGAAGCGGCGGAGCGGAGCGGCGGAGCCUCAGGUGAGGAGAAAGCCCACACCUGCCCUUCAUUGACGGCGCUCGUCGGGCUUUAAUGGGCCUGACAUUUACAACCGCGCGAUUUAGCCACCGUAAGUGUAAGUUUAAAGAUAUGGGAAAAGGACUGGGUAGGGCACGAGGCUAAUAGCGCCGGGUAAACGCGGAGGACUCUAGGGCCUGGGGGGGAACCUGUGGCCUGUACAACCGCGCACUUUCCUGAGACUCCCAGCCGGGGAAGGGGCCUCCUGUCUCCACUGCUUUAGGCGCUGAACCGAUUAUAGGAAAGAUGGCGGACGACCCAAGUGCAGCGGACAGAAAUGUGGAGAUCUGGAAGAUCAAGAAGCUGAUCAAAAGUUUGGAAGCUGCGCGCGGGAAUGGCACUAGUAUGAUCUCCCUGAUUAUUCCACCCAAAGACCAGAUUUCUCGUGUGGCUAAGAUGCUGGCGGAUGAGUUUGGUACAGCCUCUAACAUCAAGAGCAGAGUCAACCGGCUGUCUGUGCUGGGUGCCAUUACUUCUGUACAACAGAGGUUGAAGCUUUACAAUAAAGUGCCCCCAAAUGGGCUAGUGGUGUAUUGUGGCACUAUAGUAACUGAGGAAGGCAAAGAGAAAAAAGUGAACAUUGACUUUGAACCUUUCAAACCCAUCAACACAUCCCUGUAUCUCUGUGACAACAAGUUUCACACAGAGGCUCUAACAGCACUUCUCUCAGAUGAUAGCAAGUUUGGCUUUAUUGUCAUUGAUGGUAGUGGUGCCCUGUUUGGCACUCUGCAAGGCAACACCAGAGAAGUCCUGCAUAAAUUCACAGUGGACCUGCCCAAAAAGCAUGGACGAGGAGGCCAGUCAGCUCUGCGGUUUGCACGUUUGAGGAUGGAGAAAAGGCACAACUAUGUGCGCAAGGUGGCCGAAACGGCAGUUCAGCUCUUCGUGUCCAACGACAAGGUCAACGUGGCCGGUAUGGUGCUAGCUGGCUCUGCUGACUUCAAGACUGAGCUCAGUCAGUCGGACAUGUUUGACCCGAGGUUACAAGCAAAGGUCCUAAAGUUGGUAGACAUCUCAUACGGUGGAGAAAAUGGUUUCAACCAAGCCAUCGAGCUGUCAGCUGAAGUAUUGUCUAAUGUAAAGUUCAUCCAAGAGAAGAAGCUCAUAGGGCGUUACUUUGAUGAGAUCAGUCAGGACACGGGAAAGUACUGCUUUGGUGUGGAGGACACGCUCAAAGCUCUGGAAAUGGGUGCAGUGGAAAUCCUCAUAGUCUACGAGAACCUGGACACCAUGCGCUAUGUCUUGCGUUGCCAUGGCACUGAAGGAAGCACGCCUGAGAAUGAUGAAAAGACCCUGUAUUUGACGCCGGAGCAGGAGAAAGACAAGUCUCACUUUACAGACAAAGAGACAGGCCAGGAGCAUGAGCUGAUCGAGAGCAUGCCACUGCUAGAGUGGUUUGCCAACAACUAUAAGAAGUUUGGUGCCACGCUGGAGAUUGUCACAGACAAGAGCCAGGAGGGGUCACAGUUCGUUAAAGGCUUUGGCGGCAUCGGUGGUAUCUUGCGAUACAGGGUGGAUUUCCAGGGCAUGGAGUACCAGGGAGAUGAUGACGAGUUCUUUGAUUUGGAUGACUACUAGGUAGUCAAGACUGGCUGUGAGGGGAGGGGCUUGCGCUCCCAUCUUCCCCUGAGAAUAAGUGAGGAAAAUCACAGGAGGGAGUGACAAUGAGAAUUCCAAAUAUGGGAAAGCAUACAUGUGUAUCCCUGCCUUAGAAUGGAGUGAUCCCAUCUUCUGGUUGGAUAUAACUUGCCUAGAUCUUCUCUCCACACUGUAAAUUUAUGCAUCGACUUAGCAGUGACAGGCCACACCUCCUACACUCUGCCCUGCUCCGCCUACAGUGCUUUGGACUCUUAUAUAAAUUAUCCUCCAUUUACCCUGCUUUUUUAAACUGGCAUCUGCUGUAUUUUAUUUUUUAACUUGGGUUCCUGUAGAAAGCAGGCAAUGUAUUAAAUUUGAACUGCUUAACAAAACUAGUCCACGCUCUGGUCCAGCUUCCCAUUUCAUCCUCUCUCCUGUUGUACCGCUGCUUGGUUUAUCCUCUCCAUGGUCCUGCAGUCUGAGUAACAGGGUGGGUGUGAGCGGAGUGCAGGCCGGCCACCGACCUGUCGCCAUGGUCGGUUCUUCUCGUGCGGAUGUUCUCAUUAUGGUUGAGAGAUGCACCCUGGAUUGGGUGGAGGCUUGAGUGUCCUGCUCAGGUUACUGGUUUAGUGGUCGUACUCCUGCUUUACAUUAUUUAAGUUCCAUUCCCCACCCGGUCAUGUAUGGCUUAUGAUAAACGGUAUUUUGGUAAUCAGACUGCAGUAACUCACUGUGCAAUAUAUAGAUGUAUCCAUGGAUGACUACAUGCCUGGGGGGAGCAAGGGCUAUAGUCAAUGAAUCAGUGAUGUGGGCAGUUUUAUGGGAUCUGAUUGAAUCUCACUUGGUUUGAGAUGGUAGUUUGGGUCUUCAGCUUGGGUAUCUGACUUACGAUGUAAGCAGUGGAACGUUUACUAAUUCGUGUAGCCCUGUACUUUAAGUACGGUGGCAGUGUGGGUGAUUUUUAUUAUUGAUGCAAUUACAUUGAAGGGGGGAGGGGGUGGUGGUCAACUGUUCCACAGUUGUUCACCCAGCUUAAGAUAAUGUGAAACAUCCCAUAUUGACCAUUUUCUACACGUUCUCAUACAUGUCAGGAUCAUGAUACAAUGCAGGUGUGAUGUUUUGGCCUGUUCAACCACUCUGCUCAGGAAGCUCUAAGCCCAAGGAAGCAGAAUAGAACACAAAUGGGACAGGGUAUGGCAGGUCCAGUAACCCGACCAUCCGGUGUGUCUGUUGCUUUAUAAAGGAACAUAGUGUGGGCUGAUCAGCAUACAUGCACGAAGGGCAUCCCACAGUCCUGGCUUACCAUGUGGUUGGAAUAAGAACUGGGCAGAACUUACUUAUACACUUUUUAAACAUUUGGUUUGUCUUAAGCUUCAUAUGGAGUGAUUUAUAAUCCAUGGGUUUCUAUCGUCAGGGGUAGAGGAAAAGUAGAGGUUUAACCAAUUUUGUGCUGUGAGAUGAUUGGUCCACAGUGCCCACUGGGUAAUGUUAGCUCAACUUUAAUCGUACUAGUGACGAGGGUGUAGAAAUUCGCCAUUACCCCCUCCCCCAACAACUGGUUGUCCUUUCACUAGUUGAUUUGCCCUGGCUCCUGUUUAAGAAUGUUUUCAGCAGGGUGGCCAGUGAGGCAAACAUCUGAAAACAUCCCUUGGGUUAGCCAGGAUGUGUGGUAUGGUUUAGAUUUGGUCUCCAAAAUGGAGACCAUCUCCUUAAUGGUCUUUAGAGUGUAAUGGUGGUAUCGAACUGCAGUGCAAGUCCUCUGUCUACAUCCUCAUAUUUCUUUUGUCCCCCUGCAAUAUCUGUUGCUUUUCUUUUUCAGUUGUCACUAUUUUGUAUAAAUCUUAACAGGCCACACUUAUUAAAUGUUCUCAUUGUUUGCAAAA